UUAUAAUAAUAAUGAUAACUUUAUUUGUAUAGCACUUUUUAAAAAAACAGAUGUUUACAAAGUGCUUUGACAUGUAGUCGUAGAGCACAUGGAAAAAGACAAAUAAAAACAAAAAGCUCAGUAAAAACUGAAUUGAAGGCCAUUUUCAUGUCGUAAAUAACCCAGACAAUACAAGAACCAUGCAACAUAAAAUGAGACCAUGAAGACCAAAAUAAAAACAUACAAUAGUUAAGAAAAAGGGAAAAUGCAGUUAAAAGGGAGGACGAAGGUGGAAACAGGAUAGUAAAUAUAAAAGGCAAUAUGAACAAUGAUAAUAAAAUAAUAACAGGUAAUACUGAUAAUAAUAGUAAUAAUAUUAUAGAGCAACAGAAAUGAGCAUGAGCUAAAACAAUAAAAGGCCUAAAAAGUUAAUUAAGAAAAGAGUACGAGUAUAACAAAAACUAAAAAGAGAGUAAAGCCGAAAAGAGAUGGAGGUAAAAGACAAAUGUGUCAAACAUAAACAAUAAAGACAACACAAUUUUAAAAACUGAAUUCAAUGGUUAUUUAUAUUUAAUAUUUUUAUAUUUAUAUUCUAGUUUGCAUUCUUGUUUUAUUUGCAGCAGUGGCAGUUCUCGGCCACCGUAUGUCUUUGAUUUCAUGUAAUUACAGCCUUCAGGUCAUGAAGUGGUUUUCACUUCAGCUUUUAAAAAGUGGAAAUUGGUCAUUUAAAGCUGAUAAUCGAUAAGGUCAGGUGUAAACCCACUUUCUUUCAUAAUCAAUCCCUUAUCAACAAACACUGCUGUGGAUCCUUUGUUCCUCGUGGGUGUAGCCUUCUCCGAGUGGGGGGAGUGUGCACGAGGGGGUGGGUACGUGUCGACGUCACCGGUUGGUCCUCGCUGUCAACGCCAAAAUAAAACGAGUAAAAAAACUUUUCAACCAGGACUCACACGUCGUCCAAACAUAUGGCCCUGAGGAAGCGAGGGUGUAAGGAGAGGCCGUUUCUUUCCGGAUUGUAAUGGUUGUCGGGUCACGGCGUCGUUUGCGUAGCUGAGUAGCUUAAUUUCUCCCUCUUUUCUUCACUGGGGUCUCCGCUCACACAAACCAGAGCAGCAGGCUGUUUCACUUUAGCCGACUUGCUAGCUGCUAUCGUCAAGUUGUGAGAAAGUGGGAGAAGAAGACGGCUGCGAAAGCGGGAGCUUAUCCGCCUACACAGACCUAUGCGACGGAUAGCAGGUAAAUGAACCCUCGGUGCUGCUUCAUUAACUUAAAACAAUACAUGUCGUGCUAAAAAAACACACAAAAAAACGCCAUAUCCAUGUUUGUAGCGAACACAUCUUGAGACUGCAACAGCCUUUCUUGCAUGCUCGCAGCAUACAUAGCACUGCUCACUUUUAGCCUUUAACUUUCCCCUUAAAAUCGAGUAUACUCACAUAUCUGUUACGACACCUUUGUUUGUUUUGUUGUAAUCUGUUUUUUAAGGUAUUUUCUUCGUAGUAUCUGACACGCCAUUCCUAACAGUCCGCAGUGCUUUACAUUGCUCAUGCACCCACCAAGCCAAAGUGUCAAUAGGCUUAUUACAGGGAGGAAGCAGAUUCUUAUGUAUGUAAUGGAUACCUUUUACACAAAAUUGCACACGCUGUUUGCUUACAUGCGUGGUGCACAACACGCCGAGUGGGUUUUUUUUAUGAGACUGGUAUCGUCUUGAAGCUAAAUGCAAGCAGUCUGAUCAGCACAACAUGAAAACUGAGCAUUUAUUUAUCACUAUUCAUGUCAUGACCCAACCUGCCUGCAGAGAUGUGUCUGUCCAAGGUUUGUGCCUCACUCACACAGCCAGUCAAACCCUCCUGGUCUUGUGUAGCAAUGCGGUAGACUGGAGCCGGUUUAGAUUUCCAAAGGAACAGGAGGAGGGGAGGAGGAGGAGAGGAGAGGGGGGGAAUUGAACUGCUAUUAUUUAUGUUUGGUCGAUAUGUCACGGGGUCAUGGUUUGCUGACAGUAGCAGGAUACUCGAGCAGGAACAAGGUCAAACGUGGACCUCUUCUGUCCCCCGGCCGGCUUGUCUGUCUGUCUGUCAACCGCAGUGAGGAAGGCUGUGUGCUGCUGCUUCCACCUCCUCCCAUGGGCCAAUGAACCAGCCUGCCAGGUGAAGAAUGCCAAUGAAUUAUUCAGGCACAUGCUGCAUAUGAUCAACGUGGCCUGGGAAUGUGCAGAGCUGCUUCUGGGGACAAUAAGACGCUCUCAGUAUGGUGGAGACAUACCAACAGCUUCAGCGUCCUCCUUUCGUAUAGUGCAGUUUUUAUGAAGUUGUUAUCCGUUGCGUUUUCUGGAGUUAAUUCUGUAGAUGUUCGAUCAGUUGUGAUAUUUUAUCGAGUGAAACUACAGUUUUUAACACGUCUUUAGAUGCUGGAUAAGGUUUUCUCCUCAGCGAGGCCCACCGUGUGUCUUUUAGAUCCUAUCACAACCUCAUUUUUUAAGUUAUUUUAUGAUUCUUUUAGAAACACGAUGAAUAGCUCUCUUCAGACGGUGGUGAGGCCCCUAAUGAAGAAGAGAAAUCUAGAUUUUAAUGAUUUGAACAAUUACAGGCCAGUGUCAAACUUGUUUUUAUCCAACUUAAAGAAUUUCUAGACAAUCGUAAUAUUCUUAAAAAGUGUCAGUCUGGUUUUAGGGUGAACCACAGCACCGACACUGCCUUGGUAAAGAUUUUAAACAGCAUUAGAUUAAAUUAUGACGCACAAAAUAAAUCAGUCAGUCUUUAUUUAUAUCGCACUUUUCAUACACAACAUGUAGCCCAAAGAAUGCCCAAAUCUACCCCAGCCCAACCCCUCAUUCCCAUCCCACGGUCUAAACACAACAGGAACAGUAUUAAAAUGCAUAAACUUUAAAAGGGCGUCAUUUUAAAACUCAAGAUAAGGAAACACUGGAGGUUUAGGUUAAAAUCUAAAAACAAAGUAGCAUAAAAUGAAAUAAAAACAACAGUAAAAGAUGCUAAAAUAAGAGACGAUCCUGUGAUUAAAACUAGAAUAGAUAAAUGAUAAAACCCUUAAAGUUAAUGAUAUAAUAUGUGGUUAAAAGCAAGACUAAAAAGGUGCGUUUUCAGUUUGCUUUUAAAAUCAUUCAGAUUAGGAAAAGGAGACAGUCUUGGUGAUGCCUUCGAAAUAGUAGACCACACUAUUCUCUUAAACCGCCUAAAACACUUUGGCCUCUCAGGUUCACCUCCCCUUUUUUUGUUACGGUGAAUUUUUUGGACGCAUGACACGCGUGACACUGGACAUUUAAAGAGUAAAAAUAGACCAUAAUGUAGGCUACAUGCCUGAAGUGUCAUGUGAUUCCCGGGGGCGAACUUACAAAUGUUUCUUUGCACAGAAAAUACUAAACAAUAUUUGCCUGAAUUGCUCUUAACCAAUUGUGUAAUCUGUACUUUGCACAGCCCUAAUCUGCACGUCAACAGUAAUGAGAGGUUUUAAAUGGCUUGCAUCAUUUCAGGGGUUUAAUCAGAAUUCCAGUGCAUUAUCAGGCCAGAGUCCAGACCAGCGUGGACACACUAUGUUGAAAUAGUUGGCCUUUUUAAAGAGGAAAUAAGAGGUUAUUAUUAAGGUGCACUUAAGCCUCUAGGUUUCUCCUUGUGCACUUUGUGACACCUUUUGUUUCCCUUUUUUCCCCCACAGCACCUUAUACAGCGAAUUGUGCUUGUUAAAGGUGACAAAUUUGAUUUUAAAAAUAAGACAGUUCAUUUGCCACACUUUAUUUAUCAGUUGUCAAGAAUUUGAUAAUUUGUCUCCCUCAGCCUCUGUCUUAUGAGCUGAAGCGCUUUUUUCUCUCUCUCGGUUUUUAUUUACUUCCCGGGGAUUUGUGCCCCACACUUCACAGUAGUCUCCUUGUAAAAUAUGCAUAAUAAGGAAAUCUUUUAUUCUUAAUGUAAUUGCUGUUCAGCUUUAACAACAUUGAAAGACUUUGUCUUCUAUUUGUAAUGUAACUCUGGUGCCUCUCAUAUGCCCCUCUCUUGUCUAAAGCCCUCAUGUCACUCGUAUUAGAGAACCCAAGUCUUUUCCGUUUAUUUUCCCCCCUUCUGUUUUUUCCUCUAUUCUUCCCUCGGAGAAUGAACCAAACAAGGUUCUGCUUCAAUCCCUCAUCCACCACCACUUCACUUGCUCCCCUCACUCUGCCGAGGAUGACUGAUAGUCAUCGAUUGAAUCUUUCCAAGUGUAUCACCCUGUCUCUAUCCUGUCCCCUUCUUCCGGUCCCCUCCUCUCUCCCUACCUCCUGCGUGUGUUUAGGUGAGUGAUGGAGACGAGGGAGUUGACCGUGGUAGCUGCCAGCUUCGUGGGUUUCCAGGUUCUCUUCUCGGUGGCCAGCCCGCUGCUCUCCUCCGCCGCCGCGCCAGGUUAUGGACGCCUACCUCCCACCAAGCUCACUGAGUGGAACUCCAGGUGUGUAACAGGGACCUGGUUCAGUCUCCUGCUGUGCAUGUUCUGAGAACUUCAUCAUGGUAACAUGUGGAAGUAAAAAUGGGAUUCACUCACUUCCUUUCUGACUUUUUUCUAUUUCGCUAUUAAGACAAAAAGUUGCAUUAAAAUGAAGACAGGAACCCUUACUAGCCAAGUAUCACUGAGCUACUGUAAUAAAUUUACAAUCAACAGGAAAACACUUACUUUUCAGUUGUAGGACGUGCACCGUCGACUAGUCAACCCUCUGUCCAGCUGUUAGCUACACAUGAGUUUGAUGUUUACUGUGAGGAAAGAAGUCAGAUUGAGAGAAAUAUUGAUGAAGGCUGCAGCUUUUAUUAUCUUUUGACGAUAAAAUGAUCACAGUUCAUAAAGCGCAUUUUAAAAUUCAGAUUAAAAAGUAAAAACCUGAAAUCCAGUGAAGUUAGGCUGCUGGGUUAAACCUGAAUAAAAACAGAAGACAGUGAUUUGCAAAAACACAAACUACAAAAACAAGAUAUUCAGAGUUCAAACUGAUGAUUUUUUUUGUGCAAAUUUUCACUCAUUUGAAUUUCAUGCCGGGGACAUGUUCCUAAAAAGCUGGUUCAGGGUCGUGUUUCUCUCUGUGUCACAUCAUCUUUCCUUUUAACACUCAGUAAGUGUUUGGUAACUGAGGACACUCACUGUUGAAGUUUUGGAGGUGAAAUUCUUCCCCUGUUUUGUUUGAUGUACCACUUCAGUUGCUCAACAGUCCAGGGUCUCUUUGAGCUUCAUAAUGCUACACAAAUUUCAAUGGGGGACAGGUCUGGACUGCAGGCAGGCCAGUCUAGUACCCACACUCUUUUACUUUGAAGCUACACUGUUGUAACACGUGCUGAAUGUGUCUUGGCGUUGUCUUUCUGAAAGAAACAGGGACGUCCCUGAAAAAGACAAGGCUUAGAUGGCAGCAAAUGUUGCUCUAAAACCUGUAUGGACCUUUCAGCAUUAAUGUUGCCUUCACCGAUGAGACAGAUACCCAUGACUAUGAGCGCUAACACACCCCCAUACCACCACAGAUGCUGGAUUUGAACUUUAACCUGAUAACAGUCUGGAUGGUCCUUCUUCUCUUUAGCCCGGAGGACUCCACAUCCAUGAUUUCCAAAAACUAUUUUAACCUUUUCUGACAUUUUUUAGUUUCAUUCAUCAAAAAUAUGAACAAACAAAAAAAAUAUCAUGCAACAGUGGUCACUUUGGCUCCUCUUUAGGUGGAGAUGUCAGUCAACUUUUAAAGAGAAUAAAGGGCCACAAUAUAUUAACAAGUUUUGUGAUGGUUCUUGACAAGACCAGUGCUGAAGUUUGACCACAUUUAGUACUAUAUUGUCAAGGUUUUACAUUUUGGAAACGUAUGAAAUAGUAAAGUUUGAUAUUUAAAGGAAAUUUCGAGCUGUAUCUCCCAGCCUCCCUUUUCUUGUUAUGCUUGUUUUGUAAUACUUUGAGACUUAAAUAUUAAAAUCUAAGGAUCUCUGAUGAUCUGUUCACUCUUACUCUUUUUGGAUCCUCCUGUUUGAGCUCCGGGGUAAAAUGAGAGCACACUUUGUCACUGUGUUUUAAAAGAGUGGAGGCACAGUCACCAACAUUGAAGUCGUACUCUGUUAUUGUGGUUGUAUCUUUGGCUCAGUUACACAGACAUCAAAUUGACCUCUAUCAAACCAACAGCUGAUCUUUUCAGUGCCUUGAGGUCUGACCUUAAUGCCUUAGGCCAACUUGUCAUCAUUGGCAUAGCUACAGCUGUAAUGUGAAAGUCUGGUAGAGCUCAGAGUGGUUUUAAGUUUCAAACAAAAACCCCAGGGGUGAAGUUCAUGCUGUAAUAAUUUAUGAUUCUAUAAUGUCUUUCGCUGGCUCUCCUGUUAUCACACGCUCUCGUUCUUUCUCUUGGUUUUCUUUACAUACCGGUUCCUGUCAGUUUUUCUAACAAAUGGGUGCGCCACCGACAGACAAAGGAAAGUCCGAAACAUUACAGACCAGACAGACACUGAUGGUUCACUUAAGAGUGGCCCGUGGUUGCGUAACAGUCAGCUCUCAGUGUGUCAAGUGUGUUGUUUAUGUAACUAUGACUUAAGUGCUAAGAGAGGAGGAAGAAAGCAUUCCCAAAGAAGGAGCAGAGUUGUAUUAUUCGUGUAUCAUCAGUCUCUUUCCCUCUUCAUUUAUCCGUUUUCUCUUAAACCGUUUCGCUCCCGUUUUAAUUCAAAACGAUACAGAAAUAAUCACUAGAUAGCGGCUCUUGAAUUUCGAGUCGUCAUGACUAUGGUUCAGGUCAGCGGCUGCAGCCUAUGGACUGUGACUGUUCCACCCAAGAGCCUGCAUAGUGACAGCGGAUCCACUGUGGGUCUGGUGGAGGAGAGAUAAGGGCCACUGGGACCUCUGCAAUAUCUCUCUGGCACCCAGAUAACAACUUUAGAGGUCAAAGGUACUCUUAUAGCCCCAAUUAAAAAAAAAUCCACUAUCAAACGGGAACAGGAAUAAUGAAAAUUUGAUUACACGCAGAGACUUCUUCAGGUGUAACUAUUUUGGACUUAUGUGUCUGCAUGUGUGUCCUUUACUCUUUCAGGUUGGUGUCGACUGUGCACGCGUUGAUUGUGGGAUCUUUCUGUUUGUAUAUCCUGCAAUAUGAUGAUGCUGUGAAUGCCAACCCCGUCUGGUAAGUAAAUUAAACGUAAAUCCUGUAUAUUUAAUCAUCCUACCACUUACAGACAUCUGUUUUAUAGCAGAAACGAGAAAUCCUCUGCAGGGGAGCUCUGAGCUUAAAUCAACAACGCACAAAAAGCAGAGGAGUGUGGGACGUGGAUUUGAAAACCCGCCUGUAAAUUCCCAUAAACACAAAAGCAGCGAUGCAGUCGUGAAAAGGCAGAAACCUGUCAUGUCACAUCUGCCCUUUUUCACACUGGCAGCCGUGUAUGGCUCAGAAGGGGGAGAGAGGAUUAGAUGAGAGGUUGAGGAUGGGAGGAAGGUGGCACUGAGGAAUCAUCAAGGUUGGUAGUUCCUUCGUUGGAUGGAUCACCGUGAGAGGGAAGAAGGGGAGAGGGUGGAUCCGACAUGUCAGCCGAGUCUCUAGAGAGUUUUUGAUUCAGUGGAUUUUGCCUUUGAUUACUGUCUUCACCGGCUUGUCUCUGUCUCAGCCCCACUUCCUCCCUGCUCCUGCUGACUGUGUUUUUUUCAUCAAUAAAUACCGAAGUAGAAAGAUGUUAAUUUCUCUUCCCGUUAAGCUCUUUCAUCAAACAUCUCUAUCAGCCUUUUUAAAAUAUUUCUCCCCGUUUUGUCCGUCUCUCACUUCUCCCUUUUGUUCUUACAACACUCCGACCUUCCUCCUUCCUUCCUCUCUUCCUCUUUCACUUUUUCUUUUCCACCUCGCUUCCCUCGGCGGCGCAUUUUGCAGACGGACAAGAGCUCCGCGAACAAGGCUUCUUUUCAUCGUAAACAACAGCAGCCCUGGUCCUCAGCUCCCCUCUCUUGAGUCCUCCCCCCAGCUACCAGCCCCCCGUGACCCUCCUUCUGUCCCUGACUGUGUGUUGUACCCCGCAUCCCAGCCUGUCAAAUCAAUGCAGCACACCUCCCUCACCCUCAUUGUCUGUGUGUCUGCCCUGACAGGGAGUGCUGAUGUUGCAAAAAGGGUGAGAAAAGAGAAAGUAGGGGAAAGUGGGAGGAGAUUGAGCGGGGGACAAAAGACGAGGCUUCUUCUCCUACGACGAAUCUUGAUCUGUCGCAUGUUCUUCACAACUGUCCUGCUAUCCACGUGUGUGAAAGAAAACUUAACGUUGGUGAUUUUGGUUAAUUUCCCUUCACCUUGUUUAUUCACCUUGGUUUCAUUCAGCUAACCAAUCCGCAGCUUAACGCCUCAAAGCCUGUGUCAUUGCAACAGCAGGCUGGUGUAAGCAUACAUUCACCGCUCAAUCUGAUUGUAUUACAGUAUGAUUAAGAGCCGUCACACAGCAGCAUUGUUCCCACCGCCGCUCUCAAUGCGGUGCUCGAGUUGCCAGAGCCGUGCAGCGAGAAGCCAGCAUUGUUUUCAGCUCCUGCUUGGGCUCUUUCAGCGUUUCACUCUGUUUGGCAGCUCGGCUCAGGCUGUUAUCAUAAUCUAUUCAGUUAACAAGCACCGUGAACAACCGCCCCUGCCCCUGCCCCUUGCCUCUGCCGUUACGUUUCUCGAUUGGCUUAUCUCGACCUGAACUUAUCAUGUGCGGAGAGCCAUCCAAGGACAGAGAGGAGUACAGUUUCAGAGUCCUGUUGAGUUCAGGUCAACCUGUUUUUGGAGAAACUAUUCAACCCGUCCUGUAACCUUGUUUUUUUUUUAUUAUUAUUCUUGACACAAGGUUUAUUCUUUUAUUCGUUUUUGCAAAGCUUUUCUGUCAGAGCAUUCCAGGAAGGAUUUACUAAGCAGAAAUCAUGAAUGUACAUUUGUCAAUGAUCCAAAGCACAUGAGGUGAUUGCAUGUUCGAGUAUGUAUCGCUCCAUUUACGAACAUCGUGUUGCCCAAGAGCUUGAAGCUUCACACCGCACAGCUUUAAACUCUGCCAUCAGAAAUCUGCAUUUAUAGAUUUUGUGGCGUUAGAGAUCAUGUGAAAGGACUUGAUACACAACAUUUGUACAGUCAGCAACUUUUCAUCACUGCUCUGUCCUUUUGAAAGUUUUAAAUAAUUGCUUAAAACACCUCUUUUUGAGUUCACUUUAAGGUCAAUUUUAGACAUUUUUAAUGAGCUUUUUUAAUUGUGUUUUUAUUGAAUCAUUUAUUAUGUUUUUAGUGUCUUUUUUUAAGCUUGUACAGCACUUUGGCUCAACUGCUGUUUUUCAAAUGUGCUGUAAAAAUAAGCUUUGACGUCACUCGACUUGACAGAGCCGUAGUGCAACAGAAAUGAAGAAGAGGGCAUCGACACCAAGUGCGUUGGCUCCAGCGCUCGUCUUUAGACCGUGCAAUGACUCUGAUUUAGUCUGUUUGAUGCACUACAGGCUCAAAAUAACCUUGGUCCAGUCCUGCGUUGGACAACAAAAUACUAGUAGCAUGUCAGGUUGUGUAAUAGAUGAACGUAUGAUAAAGUUUAGCAUCAUGGAUCAAACUUCACAAGAUGUUUAAACAGCAAAUCCUCAAACUAAAAUCCUAAAUCUACAAGUGUGAAAAGAUCUAGUGCCUCUAACUAAGUUGGUGACACUUAAGAACAAAUGACUUUAAAGGGGAAAACUUUGUAUCUCUAGCUCGGCCAAAUUCCAGUCAUAUGACUGUACAUUGAGUUAUAAGCAUGGGUUCACGGUAGGGUAAUUAACUUGGAGCAGGAUCACUCUGAUGAAAUUAUCAAGAAGCUUGUGGACUCUGUCUGACUGUCAGUCUAUCAGUGAAGUGAUGUUAUCCAGGCUCGCAUUCGCUUUCUUCCUCUCUGUCUCUGCACUGGUAAAGUGAUCCUGCCGAUCAAUUCACAGACGCAGAGCUCGUGGUGCAGAUACAUCAUCAGAGAGGAAGUAUUUUCGCCAUCAUUGAUAUCAGAAAAGAUACAGUAUUGUCACACAUGGAUAAAAUACUCAUUAUUAUUAUUCACUGCUUGUAAUUAACCCUGCAGAGAUGUGAUGUGUUCGCUGUCGUAGUGAAGGAUAAACUGAGAAUCUACAAAUACACUGGGCUAAUGGUAUCUGCAACUGGGCUCGUGGCCACACCUGAAGUCCUCCGAGAGCUGAAGAGAGAGACGCUGGUUUCUAAACUGGAACUGCUUCAUGUGUUUUAUUGCUUUCAAAGCUUUUGUUUUGAAGAAGACAAAAGCAAGUGAGAGGGGUUCUCUCAGGAAAGCUUUUAAGGUGUAGUGGCGAGGGACCUUCGACUGGAGGCUGGCAAACAUAUACUAAACAGAAAACAGACCUUACGCCUGCAUUUUUACCUUUUAAGUUAAAGGAGGAUGCACUAACGAGGUAAUAAAUAGGGCGGAGACGAUAAGCUUUUCUCCCAAUUGGAUUCUUCUACGAUUUUUUUGGAUACCGAUUGCAUUUCUACGAUAUUGCAGAUUUUCUCGAUUUUUAAGUCUGCAUUAUUUACCUUAUGAACCAUAUUUCCCCAAAAAAUACCAAUCACAUGUUAAUCAGUUUUUAAGAUUUAUUCUUAAAUUUGAAAAAAAAAAAAAAAAGAAAGAAAGAAAAAAAAAAAAUAUAUAUAUAUAUAUAUAUAUAUUUUUUUUUUUUUUUUUUUUUACAUAAAAAUCGAUUUGAAAAUUGUAAAACAAAAAUUGAAUCAAUUUUUUUCUUCCACCCCUAGUAAUAAAAGCAAUAAAUUGUGUUAAUUUGUGUUUUAUUUUUGAGUUUUCGUAACUCAUUUCUCGACAUGCCGACACCAAAGGUUAACGGAAAAAUUUGACUCUAGGUAGCCGAGUAUCAUCUGGUUAAAAGGCGGGUCACCGUAGAGUCAAUGUGUGAUUGUGUUGUGUAGGUUGUAUGGCCUGUGUGUGUUGGAGUGUUAUGUUACAGCAGCAGGAGUCAGUCAGUUGUAAGCCAUACAAUACUAGUAACUGAUACCAGGGUUAGCUGCUGAUUGAAGUCGGGACACCCUCACUUUAACUUUAAACAGAUGGUGUUUGCAGGGAAUCCUAAUGGUCACCUGAAAAAGAAAAGACUUUUAUUCUCAGAGGCUUUUAAAAAUCAAAACUCUUGCCAUCAUAUUUUCUAAAGUGUGUGUUUGUUUUUUUUUUGCUUUCCACAGGGGUGACCCCAAUCUGGUCAAACUAAAUGUAGCCAUAACCUGUGGUUAUCUACUUUAUGGUAAGCUCUAUGUUUGUUUCUAAUCCUCCUGAAAUGUUGGUCUAGUACACGGGCCAUGAGGGCUUUGAGCCAAUGUUUACAGUGUAAACACAAACACCCUGUCGUCUGAAUCAAAGUCAGAGUGCAGUUGACAAGCUUUCCAUUCAACUAUACAGUCAAUCUGCAUUUUAACAUGUGAUCAACAUUUGAACAGUUUAUUGUCUGCUCUGUACGUUUAACCUAGACUGUUGUAGUUUGGAAACUUUGGAAACUCUCGAAGUUCAUGAUUACAGCUUUAAAAUGACCCCGAACUGGCCUCUGCAAAUAUCCUCAGAGUGUUUGAGUGCUGCUGUGUUUGCUGCUCUUUGCUUUCAAAGGCACUUGUGUACAUAACUGUCCUAGCUGUUUAACAGGCGUAUCAGUUUGCCGGAUCUCUGACCAGCCUGUCCCCCUGUCCUCUAGACCUUGUGCUGCUUGCAUGUAAUUGGAGCACCAUGGGGGAUAGCUUUUUCGUAUGUCACCACUUGGCGGCGCUCUAUGCAUACGGAUAUGUGCUGGUGAGUAUGAGCUUUUAUAUUUUAUUUUCUUUUAAUGGCAAAAUUAUUAAUGAUGUACAGUAAGCUACCUUUUAAUUGUUGAUGAGCUGCUGACAUAAACUUCCCUUUUUUAUUUUAAGUAGAAUUUUUUUGAUACUUUUGCCAGGAACUUCUGCUAAAAACAACAUUUUUGUUUUUUUUUAAUGUUUUUUUUCCAGUGUCAUUAUUAAUAUGAACUGUACCUUUUUUAAAAUCACUCAAAAAUGCAGUACCAAAUAAUUGAUGUUCUCUUACGUUGAUGUUUUAAUGUGUUUCUGUGUUUCGUCUUUGCAGACACGUGGUGUGCUUCCUUACUUUGCCAACUUUCGUCUCAUUUCAGAGUUGUCCACACCAUUUGUGAACCAAAGGUGAGCUAAUCUGAUCACAGCUUAACAGGAAAAAUCAAUACGAUCUUAAACCUGAUUUCUUCUUUCAUCUUACACAACUGUAUUAAAAACCAUGUUUUUACAGUUUCAUUUUAGUGUUUACAUCAAUAAUUAUUUGGAGUAACUUUGACUCUUGUCAUUUGGUUGUAGUUUUGUUAUAUCCUGAAGACAGCAGCGUCUUUCACACAAGUUUUGCAAAGAAAUUUGUACCCUUUGAGACUGAUUAUUCUUAAUUUAAAGCUGAUUUUAUUUCUGUAACAAGCUCCCCUAUUUAGGAUGACUUAUUCUGAGCUUAAAAUGCUCAUUUUCUUUGCGAGUUCCGGGUUAUAUGGCUUUAACAUCGUCCUGCACAUUUUGAGAAAGUCAUUCAAGAAUAAUUUUGGGUCUCAUGGUUUUCUUCAUAUUUUUCUUUAAUUCAAGUGAAACAUCUCUGUUGUGUCAGGAUACUACACUUAUUUGUUUUUUGGAGGAUUUCAGCAUCCUUCUAACUUUUCUUAAUCUCCCUCUGCCUCAAGGUGGUUCUUUGAGGCAUUAAAGUAUCCUCGUUCGCACCGGCUGGUGGUGUUAAACGGCGUCGCAAUGGCGGUGGUGUUCUUCCUGGUUCGCAUCGCUGUCAUGCCGUCUUACUGGGUCAGCGUGUUCGCCACAUUUGGCACCUCCGAUUUCGAGCGGCUGGGCUUGGGUGCCCAGGUGGCAUGGAUCACCUCCUGCAUUGCCCUGGAUAUCUUAAACACUGUCUGGAUGUAUAAAAUAACCCGCGGGUGCUACAAAGUCCUGACUGGGAGUGGAGGUAAGAGCAAAGGAAGAGCGGAGGCGGCAUCCGUCUCUGACAAGAAGCAUGUCAACAAUCACACAGACUGAAGAGGUGCAAAGCAGAAGACAUGUAAACACAGGCAUAAGAAGGGAGGGAGGAAGGACAUCCAGGAAUUACACAGCCCUCUUUCUUUUGCUGUAGCCUCAGCAUUUCCACCUCGACCUUCAAACCCCCUACCCAGACCUCCUUGAUCCCUGUGUCAACCAGUGGACCAGGCCGGGAGUCCCUGGGUUCUGAGCCCAAAUACAGGACAAGGACACUGCUCUUUAACUCACCGAAGCACCAGCUUUUGCAGCCAGUGUUUUCACUGAUGGACUAAGUAAUCUAAUGGGCGAUAGCUUUUGGUUGUGGACGACAAGGCAGAGCUCAGAAGCACACUUUAACCCCCCCCACCCCCACCCGUGUGUCACCGCCUCUCUUCCUUUCCACCAUUUCUUGCUCAUCUGCUCUUAUGCUCAACUUCAGCCAAAGCCCAACCCUCUGAAGUGCCUGUGAAAGACAGAGAGGCAAUAAUUGUGGAGGAACAGGAUCACAAAGUCUAUCAGAGCUCACCACCCCACCCCCCACACCCGAUUCCCCUUCUGAACCACUGGAGGCGUCUCUUCUUCUCUUGUUAAUUGUCCGUCCAAACUUGAGGAGACGGAGUGAAGAACUUUCUCAUCAGACAGUGUUUGAGAAUCUAUAGGGCUCUUGUCUUAACUCAUCGGACCUCACAUAAGAGACAAAAAAACACCUCAAUGCCUCUUUGACAAUAUCACCUGCUGUGGCCUCCUUGUAACAAGUGGCACCUGCCUAGAUCACCAGCCAUGCCCCUCCAACCUCCUUCCUAUCUGGAUUAUCAAAAAAAAAAAAGAGUAUGCAUGCAGGAGGAAGAGGGACACUCUCCAACAUCCUUAGCUUCUCACGAGACACUUUUUUGCCUUUUCAGUAUUCAUUGUGUUCGCGUCACUGUGCUGUAUUUUUCUUUUCUUUGUCAUCUUGUUUUCACACAGCUCCAAGAAUCCACAAACUCUGUACCAUUUCGAUCAGAUUCACGGUAACCCUCUGCCUCACUGAGUCGGGUACCGCCGUUCAGCCUGAAUUUUGUUCUACCUCUCCACCGUCUUACGCAGACUCUCUCUCUCAGUCCAUUCUUGAGAAAUCGUUGUUGUUUUUUUUUCUGUAAAGAUUUGUUUUAGCCUUCAAAACAUUCUCCUGUGCGAUUUCACAGGCAGCGAAUCAGAGCCGCUUCAUUUCUCUCACUGAGUACGACGACCCUGCAGGCUUUCACAGUUGAUACUAGCUCCUCUUUCAUCACCGGCUCCUGCGAACUAAUCGGGUAAUGGAGUAUUACAAAGUUAACGCAAACUCUAUCUGCAUGAACAUCUUCUGCUCCCUUUUCCUCACGAACUCUCCAACUUUAUGAUUUGGUGCCCUUUCUUAAACCCCCAACACGGUGCUCUUCUUUUUGCAGAAUGACAGCAAUAGGAGUGCUAGCAAUACGACGUUUGUAACCAAGAACUGAAUUUGGAUGUACCGACACGUGAGAAGGAAAGGCUCUCACUGUCAAAAGCAAUGUGGCAGUCUGCAUGUUUUAAGUUUCUUUAUGAUCUAUACUAUCACAAAGAGCAUGUUAUGAUUGACACUUCUGUGAAUAGUAAAAUUAGAUGAAUGGCAUCUAAAUACUUAUUGCAUUAAUGUAAUGCUUAACGGGGAUUAGUCUUCCAAAGCAGUUAGUUUUUGUUUCCUCUCAGAGCUUACUGAGUGCAUGUCUUUAUUUCUUUCUCCUCUCUCUCUGCAUGUCUGUACAGUAUAUUUACAUACAGUAGCUACGCAGACGCCCUCUGCACACACACACAGUACGGAGAACUCGCUUAACAUUACUACAUCCACUCGUCCGCCGGUUGACAUUACACAGUUACGCAAAUUUCACGCAAGUUCAUCCAGUGGGUCGGUACACUGUCAGCAAACACUCGGCAGAUAUCCUGACAGACAGAGAUACAAGAUGACGUUUCAGGUUUUGGCGUCUGUCAAACAAGAAAUGUAGAAAGAAGGAGCUAACUUAGUUCGAAGGUUUAGCGUUAUAAUCCUACAACAUCGCAAUCAAAGUUUCCAUCCAUGUCAAUGUGAAGAGUUCGUAUUUAAACACUCUAGCGUCUGUUGAAUGAAAUAUUACUUUUAUUUGCUUAAAGCCGACUCCACAAACACAUCGCCUCAGUUAUGUAGGUCGACAGGCAGGUAAUAUGGCAGAUGCCCACUAAAAUUGCCCACUGUAGCUUUAAUCCAAGCUCAAAUUCUUCUCCUCAGAUGGAAACACACUAAAGGCUUUUGGCUUUAUUUUUUACAUCUUACAUUACCUACUCAUGAUCCAACUCCUGACCGUUCAGUUGAUAACAGAGUGUGUUACACUGGUAUCAGCUAAUGUAGCAACUCUAGCUCUACAACCUGAAAUGUUCCUCUGAAACUCUUCACACUCAGCUGCAGUGUCCGGGUGGGGGGUUUACCCACAGGUCACACAGCUCCUUUCUGAGCUGGAGGAAGGGCCUGACUUUUACAACCUUUUUACACAUGCAGCAACUUCCGAGAUGUUUGAUGGUCAUGUAAAUAUCAGUACAGGUCUCCUCCCGGUCUUUGUUAACUGUCGUUGUAUAGCCGGUUAUAAUAGCCUGAGAAAGUCUGGUGGUGUUUUCACUGUGGAACUCUAAAGCACACUCCCUGUGGAGCAAUAACUCAGCGAUCUCCUGUAUUUCUGUCUGUCACCACAGAGGAGGGGCUACAUAUCUUGUGCCUUUACACAAAUAGUGGAUGUGAUUCAGCCAGAUUUUGGAUAAGCAUGAUCUUUAUAAUGUAAUAUCCAGUGAUUAUCUCCUGUAUUCUACAUGUAUACUCUGUAUAUAUUUUUCUAAUUUGCCUGCACAAUAAUUGAUCCGGCCAAGUAUUAUAAUCCAAAGCUAAUCCCUCUUGGGGAGCCUAUUUUGUGUUGAAUUUUGUGCUCUCCUGAAUGAAUACAGGGGUAUGUCUCUAUGAAUGUUAUGAUGGGAUAUUAAGUGGCAUUAAGAUGAGCUCACAAAGGUGUCAAAGGUGAUCAGAAAAGAAAUCAAACUCUACUUUUGAUAUCAGCCCUUUGAAGGCACACAGGUAGUCGAUGGGAAGGCUAGUAUCUCAUUUCUCUCUUGCGAAGCUGUGAAUAGUUUGCUGGAAAAAGCGUUCAUGUAGUUCAGUUAUGAUGACUCUGUGAUUACCCGUAGGAUGCACUGUGUGAGAUCGUCUGAGCGGAGAUGCUGGUACACUCGCUGUAGCAACAACCUCUGCUCUCGGAGGAGAUUUGAGGUUAUGUUGCGCGGUUGUCGGUGGAUUUGAAGAGCUGAAAGAUUUUGUAUCUGUCAGGGUUUUCUACAGAAUUUAUUUCAAGACCUGAUUUUUGUGCAGAAUCUUGCACGCUGUGGCUGUUUGAAAAUCAAAUGGACAGAAUGAAUUGAUGAUUGAGGAACCUACUAAGGCUGCUAUCGUAAGGCCAUGACCUGUAUUGAAUCAGGUAGGAACAACCACAUUGCCUUUGUCUUUGGGGUGGCCAAUGUUCAUUAUGUUAGAUAAUGAAGAUAUUUUAAUAUAUAUCACAAAGGUAUUUACAGGUUUAUAUUUAUCUGUAAUCAAGUGUUAAAACUGAUGUGCACUGGGCUAAUUACCUUCAGUUUUGAUCGUGCUUGAUUCGGAUCUUGGGAUGUCUUCUUUCUUAGGUACAUUGGAACAAAGCUGCACCAGAGUGUGGUACUCGAGUAUAUAUCGUGCAUGAUUUCUCAAGGUUACACGGGGUUCUUAGCCACCUGAUGUUUUGUUCCUCUCAAAUACUUGAUUUCAAGUUUAAUCCUAGUUGUACGAUGAAAAACGGAUUGAACAUUUGUACAAUGUUAAAGAAUUACUGGAAUAAUUGGAGACAGGCUGAUAAUCAGAUACCUUGCCAGCUCUUUUCUCUUUACUUUGAAUGGCUUGCCAGUUUGGCUUUCGUUCAUCCCUCCUUUUUUUUUCUACUUUUAUUUGUCUUUUAAUGCAAUGCAAUUUCUUGUUCUGAUCUAUCUUUGUUCCUGGAGAUUUUAAUGUGAAACAGCCUACACUACACACAGGCUUUAGGAUCCUCGUCUGAGCGUUACCUUGUGACUUGGAUUGUUGUUGUCAACGAUGACCACUACUAAUGAUCAUGUAAUUGUAGUGCAGAAAGCUGAGACUUACUUGAAAGCGUUGCUCUUCAAUAAAAAUUGAAGACAUGAAAAAUGA